AUGCGGUGUGCCGCGCCUGCAGCGCAGAGCGCAGCCCGGGCGGGCGUGAGAUCCAGACCCAGACCAGGCCAGACCAAAUCAAAAGAUGGAAAGGAUGGGAAAGAAAAAGCCUCCUCGGGGAAUGUUGAAUGCACAACAUUACCGUCGCACCAGGCAAAGAUUCUGGGCGAUAAAUUACCAUACGUGAUUGUUACCGAUUGGGCUUCCAGGAGCAGGGAUGUUCAUCCGCGUCGCUCGGAGUCGGACUCAGAGACUGGAGUUAACCGCGCGAUCAUGUGGCUUUCUGAAUUAAUUUCCCGGAAGCUUCCGACCACGCUUGCUAGCUGCGAGGGAGCUGCAGUCAUGGGGUGUCCUGAUCACUUGGCAAUACUGUCGGAGACAAGGGUUCGAAGGAAAGAAGCCUCGCAAGACUUCGUGGCAGAUGAGACGACGGCGAAUCAUUUUACGAAGUAG